UUCAUCUUGUAUAAUAACCCUGUACUGCGGCUACUUACUCCGUUAUUAUGACAUUUUGUUCGCCUCAUUAAAUCAGUCAAACUUUGGGGAUAAACUCAACGCGAUUUUUAUUAUUAAUCAGUUUUCAGCAAACGAUUUUAAUUAGAAACUUUAUGACCAUUAAAAUGUUUUACCAUAAUUAAAUUGAGGCGGCGAGUAAAUUAACAAAUGAACCAGAAAAAAUAACAGUAAUAGUGCCACAAAACUAACAACAACACCCAACUUACCCAUCCCCAGGCGAUUGGUGCGCACAGAAUUACAACAAUAACAAGUAUUGUAAAAAGUUUAGUGGAAAAGGCGCGUUCGCUGCCAGCUUCAUAGCUUUGCAAAAUUUAACUGAUGCAAAUUUGACGAAAAACUAAAAUUUUCUAGUGGCCACAAGGCAAACAAGAACAUAGAAAUUCAAAGCAAAAAUAAAAGAAUAAAAAAUAAAUAAUAAUAAAAAUAUAAGAACAAUGGAGCGGAAAAUGCCGGAAAUGGCAGAAUUUCGACGAAAAAAAACGCAUACAAUUUGUUUAUAAUUUGUUUUAAAUUAUUAUUUGUUUGACAAUUUUAAUUGUUAUGUAGAAUAAAAAAUAUAUACAUAUGCACACAUGUACACAUUUUAUUAUCAAAUUUCAAAUAAACAUGAUGCAUGCCACACGGCGCUCGGAAAAUGGCGAAAAAAACACAUCAACGCAAUUUUCAAGCUUCACUGGAGCAGCAAAUCUAAAAAACAAUCAAAAAUCAUUCAAAACGCCAUUUGAUUGGAAAAUAAACGCGUUGCGCUGCACCGGUGUGUGUGUGUGUGUAGUAAAAAAAAAUAAAAAAUUUUAUAUUGGAAAAUUGCUUUGAUUUGGGCGUUACGCGUCAAUGCUGGCGAUGGCAGCACAGUGAUAAUGUUUUUUUUUCGCAAUUUAAAAUUUUCAACGAUAUUAAAUGACAUUUUAAUUUUUGGCAUUUCGUUAAACGCCACCAUAAAGCAGGCUAUAAAAUGUGGGCGUUACGGCAUUUUCCUGUCAUACCAGCUGAACAGGUUUAAUCUACCAUAUAGCUCAUAGAUCCUUCGUCUAUAUUAAAAUGGCGCCAAUAAUGAACAUUUUUUGGUUGAAUUUCGUUUUUGUGCUGUACUGCGGUUGCGCCUCGGCAGAGAAAGUUAUGCGCCCCAGUUUUAAGGAAUGCAAAGUUUGGAGCGAUGAGAAGUAUGUGUCGCAUAAACUGGCCUUUGACGCGAAGGAUCCACAUCUAAACUUUACGCUACAUGUGUUGAAGGAUCUCAAUGACGUCGAUCUUCACACCCAUAUUCAUAUUGUACAGAAAAAGGAUCCCACAUAUUUUUUCACCACAAACUCUACAAUGAAUUUAUGUCGUAUGCUUAGUUGGCGUAAUGCCUCUCCGAUUGGUUUACUUAUACACACCUAUAUGAAGAAAUAUGGAACUUUGAUUGAAAAGUGUCCGAUAGUGAAGGGUGAAUAUUUCUUGCAUAGAUUCUGGUAUCCGGAGGAUGUCACCUUCGCCACAUUGCCCGAAGUCGAUUUCGAAAUUAAUUUCUACGCUUACCAUGUGGACGCCAGCAAGAAUCGUGAAAUGAUCAUCAACGAUCACAUCACCGGCGAGGGCACCGUGCACGAUGUGAACAAUGUGAAGCCGGGCGUCUUGGCGCUAUUGCCGAAAAUGGGUUAAAGCGAAGUUGGAUAAAUGAAAUAAACAAAUAUUUAGGCAAUAUACAUACUUGUAUGUAUGUAUACUUGGGUGAAGGCUAGGCUAUAAAGAAGUAGCAGUUUUUUAUGACUGCAAGUGGCAGAUCAUAAAUUUGGAAGUGCUUGUAUAAUUGCUGUGGUAAUUUGGUCUUUAGCAUUAAAUCGUUAAAAAAAAAUUAUGUGGAAACACCAUAAAAAUGCACACGAAUUAUAAAGAAUAAAAAUAUUUUAAUGGAAUUUUGAAUUGAUUAAAA